AUGGCCGAUUCACCGCGCGGCCACAGCUCAGGCAUAGCAACUCCAGGUGUCUCUGCUGGUGCUGCUCCCCCUCCACCACCGCCGCCGCCGCUACCUCCUCCGCCUCCCCCGGCACCUCCCUUACCACCCCAGCGCUAUUCAAACAGAGCUACCAGUGCUCUUGCGCGGCUCGCUCACCCAUUCAUUUAUGGUUCCAGGCCUCCAAGCCCACAGCCUACUUCUCCACUGCCAGUCCCAACACCACCUCCAGCCCUGGUGACUAGACCCAGUUAUACCAUUUCUCCUCCUGGCAGCGCCCCGAUAAUCACGCAUAAGACAGGAAUCCCAAUAUCGGCUGUUGACAUCUCUCCACAGCGCACUCAUGCUGUCGUCGCCGGAAGGGAAAUCCUUAAGACAAUACGCGUCACGUCUUCACAAUGUGUUGAAGAGACAAAUAUCCGGUCCGCUGUCAUCGGCCACUCCUCCAGCCACCACCCUUCUGGACCGUCCACCAAAAACAAAGAACACCUAGCUACCAAGGACGUCAAGUGGUCUCAUUCGGAGUAUAACCGAAUCAUCGCUGCAGCAACAAGCAAUGGACGUAUUGUUGUUUAUGACCUGAGCCGCCCUGGCGUGGAGUAUAGCCGGUUCCAUGAGCAUUCACGCCAGGUCCAUCGACUCGCCUUCAGCCCAUAUCGUGGGGCCUGGUUACUUUCUGGAAGCCAAGAUGCCACCGUGCGACUAUGGGAUUUACGCACGGUGUCCAGUGAUAGAGCUGCCAUGCAUAUUGGGAGUACAAGCGUGUUCAAUGGCCACAGCGAGGCAGUACGUGAUAUCAGGUGGUCCCCUGCUGAGCCCGUAGAGUUUGCCACAGCUACAGACAGUGGUGUUAUUCAAAAAUGGGACAUUCGUAAGGACAAUGUUCCUGUUAUACGGAUAAAUGCCCAUGAAAAAGCCUGUUCUUCUGUAGACUGGCACCCUGAUGGCAGGCAUCUUCUCAGCGGCAGUGUGGACCGCCAAGUAAAAGUGUGGAACUUCUCUUCGACUGACCGAAGACAAAAACCAUGCCUCCAACUCAGGACGCCGCAGGCUGUUUCAAAUGCGCGCUGGCGACCACCGUCCUUGACAGGCCAUGAUUAUGAGACCGCCAGCUGGGAAUCUACUCAGAUUGUUACGUCAUACGAUCAGGAAGACCCCCGUAUCCACAUCUGGGACUUUAGAAGGCCACACAUUCCGUACAAGGAGAUUGACCGUUAUGCCAACUCGGCUACUGACCUAUUAUGGCAUUCCCAAGAUUAUCUAUGGACGGUGACUUCGGAGGGUAUAUUCAUGCAGACUGAUAUCAGCUUAGCCCCUGAAGCUAUAGAGCGAAGAGCUCCAUGUGCGGUAACAUGGAGCCCUGAUGGCAAAGUUCUCGCAUUUUUCGAACCACGUCGAAGAAGACACAAGCAGAGUUAUAACUACAGCAAUACAGAAACCGUUGAAUCUGUCCCUGUGCCUUCUCAACGAAGGGCUAAAGAGGGCGAGGACAAGCUACACACUGCUAGCCACAGUCUCACCGACGAGGCUCCCGAUGACGGAUCUCAAGUGGUUGGAAUCCGAAAACGUUCAACCAAGUUAUCAUCAGCCAGAAGCUCUAAAUCCCUUAGUGCUACCCCACCUAUGCAAGAUGAUGAACUACAGGUCAUCCCACUUGUCAAGUCAGUCGGUAAUAUGAAAGAUAUUACCAAUCAACAAGACGGCAUGAUAGGACGUGUUGAGGGAACAACAUUCAACCCAGAUGCCUUCCAUUAUCUAGUGCAUCAUUAUUCGCCACUACUGGCAGACCCGCUCAACGAACGGAAUAUGUCAGUUGAAGUCGUUAAACACCUUCUAGAUGGGUUAGACGAGAAUACCCUACAAGCUGCAGCAGUACGCUUCGGCCGGUUGGCGCAGACUUGGCGAAUUGUAAGGUAUGCCAUUUCACAGGAACUACUAACUCAGCACAAGCAGCGUCAACUUGAGUUGAAACAAAACAGUAUCUCCAAGGCUGCACCUAAAAUUGGUAGCCGUGGUAGUAGCACUAAUAUAAUAAAGCUUGAUCCAACUGUUUCUGAGAAGUCCAAGACUCGAAUCUUCAAAGGUGUCGUGGAUGGAGAUUCUCAAAGACUUAUGACACUAAGUCCAGAGCCAAAUUCUGGUGCUACAACUCCCCUUGCGCGACCCAUUCCCGAUUCAUCAAUUGCUGCUGCUAUAGCUAGCGGGCAGGUACCAGAUACAGGCUUAAAUGAAGAACUUGGGCAACUAAGGCCGAUCCCAUCACUGAUUUUAUCAAGUGAUGAGGUACUAAGCAAACAGGCGCAGGCGAGCGUGGCUGGCCUAGGCCUUGAUAAUGCCGAAGCUGCUUGGCUUCAAGAUACCAAUGGAAUGAAAACUCCGACAAACAAGCGCUCAACUCAACCCAACGGUGAAGAAGCGAUUCCAGACCAGACAAGAUCAGCUCCUCGAGCUAUAUCUGGUAGGGCGGAAUGGAGGCGUGAUGAGAAACCUCACCCUAAACCCACUGGUGAUGAAUCGGCCAUUAAAGAUGAAGGCGAAGAAGACAAGGGAGUCAAUAAAAAGGAAAAUGGCGACAUCGUGGCGCCACAGACCCAUCAAGUCUUUCGCAAACGCUUGUUAUCAAUGGAGCGUGCGGCACAGGAGAGACCUUCUAUUCCCGUUACAUACAAACGCCACGACUCCGGUGAGAGUUUUCCUAUGUUUUCAGCUUCGGAUAGCUCCCACCGCACAAAGUCCUUUGAUGAGGCAUCUUCUUCACUCACAAACGAGCCUUCGCGUUAUGAAGGCUGGCCACCGACAACUGAAGGGUCGCUACAUGAUAUACCCGAGCUGGAAGGGAGCUCUCCUCCUAGGCCUGGGAGAUGGGAAAACCACAGCGACUCAAUGAGUGACAUGUCAAUAGAAGAUUUGCCUACACAAUCUGCGACCGUUGACCUUGAAAGGCCUGUCAGCCCGCUACCUUUCCUGGCAGAGUCAUCUCCCAUAAGAAAGCCUUCGCGGGUUGGGUAUUCUCGUCCUCCAGCACGGUUUAAAACCCCGCCUAAUACACGGAACCAUUCUCUGCCGGCAGAAACGUCUGUUACCCUCCCACUCUGUCCAAAGUCUACGUCAGACACACCCUGGGGUGUUCAAACAAUCGUAAGAGAAAUAAUAAAACACUACUGUAGUAGUGCAUCUGUUGACAUACUCUCUGCGUCUCACCUUCUUCAUAAGAUGCACAUUCUCUACAGCUCUUGUGACGAGCUUCUACCCCAGGAAGAGCGGGAGCUAAUAUUCAAAACCUUCAAUGAACAGCUUCUCCGGCAGGGCAUGUUUGUUGAAGCCGCUGAAUUUCGACUUGUCUGUGUUCCGUCAUAUCCAGCUCUCUAUGACUAUGCCCAAAAGGAUACAUUCAUUAACGUGUUUUGUUUUGAAUGCAACAAACCCUAUGAAAAUCCAAUCCAAGACAAUAAGCUAUGUCAUCGAUGCAACACACCUCAACCCCCAUGUACAAUUUGCGUCAGUCGUAAACCCCCUGCAGAUUGGGUGACCGAAACCAACCAUGGCCCACGAACUAAUACCAACCUAACCGAUGGUUCUUAUACGAGCAUUAGCCCGCUUGAAGAUGGCUUAAUAUAUCAACAACAGGAACAACCUGGAUCUCGAUUAUACGGCUCAGGCCUUUGGUCAUGGUGCCAGACAUGCGGACACGGAGCCCAUACAGCUUGUUUAACUGCGUGGCUAAUAGAUAUAUCACUUAGCGAAGGUGGCUGUCCCACUCCUGGAUGCUUCCAUGACUGUGGGCCCGGCCCUCGACGAGAGCAGAACCGCCUUGCCCAACAGGAAGCUAGCAAAAGGUCGCGAAAUGCCUUCUAUGGUCGCAAGCCGAGCUCAACGUUCAUCAAGAGAGAUUCAUGGACAGCUGGCGAAAGCAGAGCUGUUGAAAGGGUUAGAGGCAUCCUUGGCGGGGGAGUUCCUAGUACUGUGGAGGCUGGACCUGCCGCAGUCCAAGGAAGUACCGCUGGACCUUCUUCUGGUGGUUUAGUGCCUUCGGCCGUUAUAUCUCCAAAGAAAGUCAGACUUGUUGCACCUGGUGAACAAGACACCGAAAGAAAGGAGAGCUAAAAGCUCCAGUAUUAUUAGCUUUGCCCUUUUGAGUGGAUGCGCAUCUACGAGGAUAGAUGUGACGGUCAUUUCUCAUUUACAUACCUAAUGGAUAUAAUGAUCAUCCUGGGUAUUAUGGUUAUUGGCAGGUUCAUAGUCCAACAUCGUACUAGUCCUCUACACCCUUUUGUCCACAUAUGAUAAUUUUAGCCUGUUUUAAAGGAAUAUCGAUAGCUUGCGUGGACUUUACUGGAUCUCAACUUUGGACGGCCUACCUAGGCAUGUAGGCACGGUUCCAGUAGUUAUUGAUGGAUACCUAAUAUGGAUUCCAAGGUUGGAUGGAAGUUAAGCAGUCGGCCUGGAAAAAUAAAAUGCCAGCCAAAGGUUCCGCCGUCGGGUCGUUGAGGCCCAAUCGCAUUUAAGGUUGCUCCCUUGUGGGGAGGGUCAAAUUCAACCACAUCCAUUUCCAAGUGACUUUGAUGUAAACAAUCAAUAGGGGCGUUUAAACAUUGUUCAGCACUAGGCAUAGAUGCCAGAUAACUCUUAUGUAAAGUCUACGGCUCUAAUCCUUCUGGUGUUGCUAUACUUCAUCUCCUCUAUCUAGAACCAUGGCUGUUGCUUAACCAAUUUGUAAUGUUAGUCUCUAUCUAACCUUAUGGCUCAUGAUCCAUCAGCAUUGAGUAUAUAUUGGUAGCAAUCUGGAGUAACUAGUGCCAUGUGUGAUGAGUUAUUCUUUGAUUUAGAAUUUAAUUUAGCCAUUUCAAUCAUGGAUGUCUUUCCCCAACCUUUUUCAGCGACAAAUAUAACUAUCUUAAUAACUAGUCGACCACAAGAAUUUGUAUUAAUAACCUUUACUUGCCACAGGUUUAUACUAUUCUGGUAAGUAAAGCCUAGAGGCUUAGUUUUGUGCAAAUUUGAUAUCUGGUUUCAAAUAUUUUGCAUUAGUUGGGUAGCUUUCUUUAGUUAACUCCUCGCUUCAUAUUCUGGUUUACAUAUAGGAGAGUAACUAUAGCGAGUAGAGUCUCCCUUCUGGUUAACUUUAUCCACAAUCUAGCUAGUCUUAAUCUCUAUAGAGUGGUUUUGAUUUUGAAAGGGUGCAGCAAUGCUAUAAAGUCACGGCUUACAGUGUUGAAUUAUGCUUGUCCCAACCUAUAGAAUGACUGUUUUAGUUUACGCUCUAUCAAAGAAGCCAUAAUCAGUGUGACACCAGGUCUACGAAAAUCUGGAAUCUAGAAAUUCUACGGAGAAUGUCCAGAGAUAAAAUCUCGGAGAGUCAGUAAUAGUCAAGGGUUUAAAUCCUGCAUAGUUUAACACUUCUAGGGUCGAGGGAUCUAGAAUAUGCAUCGAACGCAAUGGAUGGCUGGAUUCAAGUGUUUACUGUAUGCAUGACUCAAACAAGAGUCUCAUGGACCUCUCACGGCCUUAGCCAGCCUAUUAAGAGUCUUUGUGUCCUAUAUGCUUCUGCAGCUUCAUGCGUAUAUUCAAGGAAAUCUCGAUCGUCCGCUUAGCCUGCCUUUAUUUGACUCGUUGCCUCGGCUGAAGAGCAUAGAAGAAAGCAGGACACCAGUUUAGUUUUCGUGGCAUACUGUCUAAUAAUAGAUCAUUUCUGCCAUGGAGUAAUCCUGCGCUCAGGGUUGACUACUCCGGCCACGAAUGAAUAUAUAAAUGGGUAACACGCAGGAAGGCAACCUCUCGGCAAAGACGAUGAAUGAAGCGAGGUUCAAUAUCUGCAUGUGCAUCAGAGCCUUUGAAUGUCAAAUGGUAUCACUCAAAUUUAUUCAAUGCCUCCGAGGAUUAAUAGUCAAUGAUAAAUAUAGGUGUAAUAUCACCAUGUCCAGGACGGGGAUCGAGAGUUCCGGAACUUUGUUCAAGGAUCUUCAUAGAAAAUAUUCACCAGUUGCCACUCCUCCCUGUGCUGAUAACUAGUUAACCCUUGAGUAAUAAUGACAAGGAGCUCAUUCUCGCAGCAGCAUGGGGAGAGCCCGUGCAUGUUCAAUUGGCUUUUCGGCUGAUCAUCCAGCAUCCCGCUGUGGUCUGCAAGGCGUAAAUAAUGAUAUCCUAGAGGGAACUCAGAUCUCCGAGGAACAGGGUCAGAGUAUUCCCUGCAUAUUCCUAGGGAGAUGUGCCGGAGCCUAAGGAGGGGGAAUGGUUAUGUAUUAGUAUAAACGUUUGCAGCCUCCAGAUGUCGUACAGCGGAUAGAUACCAGUCUCGGAGGGCAUACGCUGUAUGGGUACAGCGGGCUCAGAGAUCCGAUCCGGUUUUGAACACAAGGACGGCACAGGGUGAAUGUUGGACGAAGAGACGGCGUGGAUGAAUGCUCGGCAGUCUCCUUUGUAAUUGUUACGUGAGUUAUGGCUGCCAGGUAAGAUUAUUCUGCAUGGCGCUGCAAUUAUAGCGAUGGUGACUUGCAUCGAGCAGAGAACCCAGAGAUUCAUUGACAUCCUCCCUUUGCGUGUCUGCAGGAUGCAUCACUUCCACAUCGGUUGAACAAAGCCAUCAGUUCCAAUUAUCGAACCGCUAAGCGUGUGGCACGGC